AUGACCGACUCCAACCACACGAUUGGCUCUUUGCCUAUGGAAGGGCAAUCUUAUAACAGCGGUGAGGCAGUGAGUUCCCUAACCUCCGAGGUGACUUCAAAUGAUGUUGAUUCAGCCGAACCUGCUGGUGACCGGAAGAGAGGUCGAGGAUCGACCGAUAAUGAGGGUCGUAAUGACGAUGAUGAUACUGUGGGUCCACUUCCCUCCGAAAUGACCUCAAACGGUAAUGGAGACAAUCAGAAUAGAGGCAGGGGUGAUGAACACGACGAUACUGUGGGUCCUCUUCCCUCUGAAAUGGAGGAUUCGUCUUCUAUCACGGAACCUUUGAAGAAAAAGCCGAGGAAAAGAGGCGCGGGAUUCACCGAAUUUUUAGAUUUUAUUAUGGAAUUAAGAAUAGUUUUGAAGGACGAGAGCAUCCUCCUGCGGAGCAUACCCACUGCGCAGUACUACGAGAUCAGCUACAUGCAUCGCAACGUCAUUACCCAUCUCUCCUACUCUAAAACGCACUACCUUAUCACAUGCAGUUGCGAUGGCCACUUGAAAUUCUGGCGUCUGGCUGCGACACGCGGUCUGGAGUUCGUCAAACACUAUCGCGCGCAUCUGGGUGCGAUAACUAGUUUGGCAGUCAGCUAUGAUGGUGAGCUUGCUUGCACCGUGGGUGAUGACAAAACUGCCAAGAUCUUUGACAUUAUCAAUUUUGACAUGAUCAGCAUGAUGAAGCUGGGAUUCGUGCCUCGGGAAUGCUGCUUCGUCUACACGGCUAAGGAUGGCUGCGCCGCUGUCGCCAUGCUGAAGCUUAUCCUGAUGAAUGUCACUUGUGAUAUAAAAACUUCUGAGGGUGUUGGAUUGGGCGCCUUUGCGACUGUAUAUAGGGCGAAAGUCAGUGUCAUCGUUCUACCCAAAGUCAAGGAUUUGACGCUUGAGGAAAUUCGGCGCCUUGGAUGUGAUGAACACGAAAUUGAAUUGAAUUGCCUGUUUUUUUGCCGAUGUUUUACACCACUGCUUCUUAAUUGCAGUGCAGAUCGUGACUCCAACGCCAUCCACAUUUAUGACGCUCGCACAAAGGACACACUUCUGAAGAAGCUUGACAACCUCCACGCUAGUUCCGUCAUCGCCAUUGCUUUCUGUCCGGCGUUGGAGACAGUCGUGAGUGCCGACACAGAGGGUAUGCUAGAGUUUUGGUCGACACCGCGCCACGGUUUUGAUGCCGUCCAGCGUCCGGCUGCGCUCCAUUGGACCUCCAAGAUGGACACCGAUUUCUACUGCCUUCUCAAGGACAAAACUCAUGCUAUCAGUCUGGCCUUCUCCCCUAACGGCGGUCGCCUGCUCGCUUGCUUCGGUGCGGAUCGAAAGAUUCGCAUCUUCAAGACGCUAACGGGAAAGCUUUCGUUGGUCUAUGACGAGAGUGUACAGCGCUACUCUGAGCUGCAAUCGACGAAGCAGCUGCUGCCUAGCAUGGAGUUCGGGCGUCGACUGGCCCUGGAGAAGGAGCUGGAUCGAUCGGAUGGAGCCCAUAUGUGUAAUCUGGAGUUCGACAGUUCGGGCAACUUCCUAAUCUAUACUACACUCUUGGGCGUGCGAGUGGUGAAUUUAGUGACCCAUCGGCUGGUGCGGUGCCUGGGGGGCCCAGAGAACCUCCGUUUCUUGCAGGUGGCACUACUGCCGGCGCGGUCAGCGGUGCUGCAGAGCGCCACUGCGAUGGCUCUCCUUGGUAUGGACUCCGCUACCGCCUCCCUCGAGAUGCAUGCGGCCCUCGAGGAACCUCCUGCCGAUUCCGGGGCCGGUGGCAGUGGUGGUAAUGCAACCGGGUCCUCUGCCACCAAUCCGCACUCCCGCGACCCCGUCAUUGUAUGCACCGCCUUCAAGAAGAACCGCGUCUACCUUUUUACGAACCACGAACCACAUGAAAUCAAAUCGGACGGUGUCACCUUGGCCGUGGGUUCUACAUGUGAACGCGACGUCUUCAAUGAGAAGCCGACAAAGGAGGAGGUACUAGCAGCUUCACGUGAUUCGGCAGCUGCAACUACGGCUUCCCUCCGACUGGCAGGCUCUGCCAUCCUCCAUACUUCCAUCGGCGACAUUCAUCUUCGUCUUUGGCCACGUGAGUGUCCACGCACCGUAGAGAACUUUGUAGGACACGCUCGUGCCGGCUACUACAAUGGACACAUCUUCCAUCGUGUAAUUAAGGGCUUCAUGAUCCAGAGUGGAUGUCCUCUUGGUACGGGCACUGGCGGCAAGUCAAUAUGGGGCGGAGAAUUUGAGGACGAAUUUCAUCCCAGUUUGCGGCACGAUCGUCCUUACACCGUCAGUAUGGCUAACGCUGGACCCAAUACGAAUGGAUCGCAGUUCUUCAUUACCGUAGCUCCCACCCCAUGGCUGGACAACAAACACACGGUGUUUGGUCGCGUAAUCAAAGGAAUGGAGGUUGUACAGAAGAUAUCAAAUGUCAAAACGCAUCCAAAGACAGACAAACCGCUGGAUGAUAUAAGCAUCAUUAGCAUCAGUGUAAAGGACAUUGGAGCCAAACCAUUUGUUGAACCACUGGUAAAAUCGGAAUUCUACUCUUCAUACGUGUUUAAGACCAACCUUAAGGAAUAUCGGGAAUAUAAUAGCAUAGAAAGCAUACGAAAAAGGGAGGCGGAAAAGUGGGAGGCCAAAUUGGGAUAUAAUGUACUAAAAACAAAAAGAUUUGAUCUUGAGGAAAGCAGAGUUGAACGGGCUGAACCAUCCUCUAGAGCUUCGCUCCUACCGUACGAUAUGGAUACGAAACAAGAUAAGUUGGCUGUUCAAAUGGGAAGCGCUCGAGGAUACUUGGUAACUGAAAAAGCGCCAAAUGAACACGUAUUUGGCGUUUGCGCUGAGUCUAUUUUGAGAGAUGAAAUUGCCUCUUAUGACGGAGAAACGGACAUUGCUAAAAUUAUAAAUGUCUUGAAAACUAGACCUGAGAUAACAUUCUUCUACCUCACUCACAACCUCCCGAAGAAACACAUUGAUUACCACUACUAUAAUCUUAAGGUCACAUCAUACCAGAACAUCAAUAAGCGUGAUUACUACACCAUAAGCACUAGUGGAUGCACCCACUUUGUCGGUGAUGAGGUGGAACUUACAUCUCUGGAACGAUUCGAACGUGAAUACAGGCUGUUCUUGAAUAUACGAAAGUUGCCGUUGUUUGCGCAAUUCCGUCUGUGGAAGGUGUUCCUGCGCUGGCGCAAGGUAGUACGCUAUGCUCAGAUGGUUCACUGCCAGCGCUUUCUUGAGGCAAAUCUCUUCAUCGCCAACCCUACUCUGCGUCCCGCUUUGCUUAACCUUCGAGAGAUGUGCCACAGUCUCUCGGGUGCUACGCUCUGUCGCAUUGAUCGCGGCCGCACUUCCACCCUCGUGGAGUUCCUCUCCCUCCAGAUGGUCCAGCUGGGCGAAGUCAGCCUGCGACUGCAAGAGUUUCAUAGUCUCACCAAGGAAAUCGUUCGUAGUGCCUGUCGGACAGCCCUGCUGGAAUAUGGAUUCCUGCCUGAUGACUAUCUGCAGGAUGAAGCCGACCUUCCGGCUAACUUGGAAGCUCCAGCUGGAAAAAGCUCCUAUCUCCUGCAGUGCGCCGAAACUGAUUGGUUCGCUAGUUCUACCGGAAAAAUGAGCUAUACACAACAGGCGCGCAAACGCAAGAAGUGCAGGCGUCUUACCUGUUUCGUACGACUGGUGGAUUACCUGAUAAUGAACACGCUACACUUGCUGACGAAAAAGUCUGUCUAUGCCAUUAAUCGGCUCUUUGAGGAUGAGGUGGCGACGGCUCCUAGCCCACGUGAUAUCGACGCGAUGCGCAUUGAGGCGCGCCUCGUGCUCCACCCCGAGGAGGAGAGUCAGCCUGGUGGUGAAAUAGAAGCAGAAGACGGCGAAAUAGAGGCGGUGGUGGUAGAAUCGGCCAAAACAGAUCAGCAGAAGGCUCCGCCAGCCCCUCAGGCUGAGAACAUGAACCAGGCGAAUAAUCAAAAUAUAACAGAAACGAUUGGACCAGACUCGACAAUUGGUCCUUCCGAGAAUGCCAUUCAGCCACCAUUCUUUUUGAGCGAACUUAUUUUACAACAGAACCAAAUUAACUCAAUUCCGACGGAGGAUCAGUUUGUUGAGGGGUUAUCAAACGUCGUCACCCGUUUUCAAGAAUCAAUGCUGUUACUAACGAAUCUCGUGGUAGACACCUACUUCGACGCCUUUUCACGUCCCCUCAUCAACAACAAGCAUGAGGAGAAGACGUGUGACGUGGGACCGCAGUUGCGAAUGGUUUUUGCCGAAGACGGUGAACUGCAGGCGCUAAUCAGAGGCAUAAAUCAGAGCCUUCACAAGGCCUUUGAGUCCGUCCAACGCUACAUUGCCACUUUCAAUGAAAUCAAUGAGUUCUAUAAGGAUAAUGAUUUGGUCACAGUGGAGUCAUUAAGAGCUGAACGAGAAGAUGUGGAGUUCUUCCGUGAGAAGCUAGCCACCUACAAGCGUCAGUUGCGAAUGACCAGGCAGAUCCCCGCCAACAGACCUCUGGGCCUCUUCAGUGUGGACACGAGUGUCUUCAAGAACACCGUAUCACCGUCGCCUCUGCGCUGUCUGGACUGUGUCUACGCCAUACUCCCCGAGAUCGCGCGGCAUGAGGUCGACCGACUGACAAAGGAGACACAGGAGGGUGAGUACACCCUAACCCUCAACCUGAGCACCGCGGUGGAUUAUGUCAACCAUCUCACAUUCCUAAGGCAGAUACAGUUGAGGAUUGAACCGCUGGAGAGAGAAGCCGAUGCAGUUCGCUCCAUGUAUGAACUGAUAGACACUUUCAAAGUUCCUACUCCUCCUGAAGACCUCGCCGUCUAUCAGAUCCUCUUUCCGAGCAUCGAACGCACUAUCACAACCAUUGACAGAGCGCUUGCCGAACGCGACUCUCUUAUCGACGUCUUUUUUGGCUGCUUGAAUAAAGAUGUCGGAGAACUCGUAAAUGAUAUCAGGGACACAAAACAGGCCGUUGGGAACCCAGCGCUAUUGGACAAUGUUCAGAAUAGAGAUGAGCUUAUUCAGGAGUUGGAUCGACUGCAGAAAAUCGUCACUGAACAGCAGUCGCGUUACCAGACCUAUAAGGGAUACGCAAAAAGUUUCAAGGUUGAACAACCGCACUACAUGGAACUUGACGAGCUCUUCACAGAGCUGCGCUUGAAGCGUCUCCUGUGGACCUGCAUGAGCGAGUGGGAGACGAUUUGCAAGGCCUGGGAUGAGGUGGAGUUCUCCAACCUGGACCCGGAGGAAGUAACCACCACCACUAUGAAGUACCUUAAGUCCGUGACCCAGUUAGAAAAAGGUCUCCCGCCCAACAGUGUGGUGCCGAUUUUGCGUCAAAAAGUCGAUGAGAUGCGAGUCAUUCUACCAACUGUGGGAGACUUGAGAAACCCCUCGCUUCAAGAUCGUCACUGGACUUUGUUGGAGAAUAUUAUAGGCUUUAAGAUGGCUGAACUUGAUGCUCCACUGACCCUUGGCAAGUUGAAGUCGUUAAAUGCCUUUGAGAAUGCCGCAGAGAUUCAGGAAAUUGCUGGAAUGGCUAGUUCUGAAGCGAGUCUGGAAUCACUGCUGCGAAAGGUAGAGAAUUCCUGGAAAUCCACUGAGUUCAUCGUGGUGCCCUACAAGACCUACAAGGACGUCUACGUACUGGGUGGUACUGACGAGAUACAACAGCUGUGGGACGACUCCAACAUCAACAUCUCCACUAUCGCCUCGUCGAAGCACGUGGGCCCGAUCAAACCCCAGGUGGACGAGUGGGUGCAGAAACUCGCGCUCUUUGGAGAAACGCUGGACCAAUGGUUGGCCUGUCAAAAGGGCUGGAUGUACCUCGAAAGCAUCUUCUCAGCGCCCGACAUUCAACGCCAACUACCCAGCGAGGCAAAGAGUUUUAUGGCUCUGGACAAGUCUUUUAAGGAGGUGAUGCGCAAGGUACAGAAGGUUCCGCUCGCCAUGCGAGCGGCCACUGCGGCGGGUCUGUUGGACACCUUCCGCAAUAACAACGUUCUUCUCGAGCAGAUUCAGAAGUGUCUGGAGGCCUACCUAGAGUCAAAGCGCGUCAUCUUUCCGCGAUUCUACUUCCUCUCCAACGAUGAGUUAUUGGAGAUUCUGGCACAGACACGGAACCCUUUCGCGGUGCAGCCACAUCUCCGCAAGUGCUUCGAUGCGAUUGCACGACUGGAAUUCGCGCUCAAUCCUGAAUUUGAUGGCAAAUCUGAUGAAAAAUGUGUUUUGAUGUUACAGGGUUUGAAGGCCCGUGGAAACGUGGAGGAGUGGUUAGGCAAGGUGGAGGAGAGUAUGGUCGCGAGUCUGCGGAAGAGCAUGAAAAAGGCCCUAUUGGACGUUGACACGACGUCACGUGAUGAUUGGCUCGUCGCGCACACCAAUCAGAUUACGCUAACGGUGGAGCAGCUGAUCUGGGCUCGCGAUGUCCAUGAGAUCCUCGACGACCUGCAGAAGCAGCCGCAGGAACGACUAGAGGGUCUUCAGGCCUAUGAGGACCGAUCUUUUGAGGCACUGAACAACUUGGCGAAGUUGGUGCGCGGCAGCCUGGCCAAGUUGGUGCGCAUGAUGUUCUGCUCCCUCAUCACCAUCGACGUGCACGCGCGCGACAUUGUCACUGACCUCCUGGCUUCUAGCGUCACCACCUCCACCAGCUUCGAGUGGCAACGCCAGUUGCGGUACUACUGGGAUGACUCCAUCGACAACUGCGUGGUGCACAUGUCUACCUCGCGCUAUGUCUAUGGCUACGAAUAUUUGGGUGCAUCGCCUCGUCUUGUCAUUACGCCACUCACCGAUAGAUGCUACUUAUGUUUGAUGGGAGCACUUCAGCUGGAUCUGGGUGGAGCUCCCUCGGGUCCAGCAGGCACAGGAAAGACCGAGUCAACAAAAGACCUGGCAAAGAGCCUUGCAAAGCAGUGUGUUGUGUUCAAUUGCUCCGACGGUUUAGACCACAAAAUGAUGGGCCGAUUCUUCUCGGGUCUUGCUCAGUCCGGUGCUUGGUGCUGCUUUGACGAGUUCAAUCGUAUUGACAUUGAGGUGCUCUCUGUCAUAGCACAACAACUCAUUACCAUCAAAAAUGCCAAAUCCGGAAAGGUCAGUCGUUUCUUGUUCGAGGGGCGCGAGAUAAAAUUGAAUCCCUCGUGUGCGGCCUUCAUCACAAUGAAUCCCGGAUAUGCGGGUCGUACUGAACUGCCGGACAACCUGAAGGCCCUCUUCCGACCCAUCUCUAUGAUGGUUCCAGAUUACAAACUUAUCGCCGAGGUGAUUCUCUACUCGGAAGGCUUCGAGUCCUCUAAGAUGUUAGCACAGAAGAUGACACAGAUGUACAAGCUCUGCAGUGAACAGCUCUCUAAACAAGACCACUACGAUUUUGGCAUGCGGGCACUCAAGUCAGUCCUGGUGAUGGCAGGUUCGCUGAAACGCGAGAACACGGACAAGCCAGAGAACGCGGUACUCAUUCGUGCUCUGAGAGACAGCAAUCUACCCAAAUUUCUGGCUCAGGAUGCCGUUCUUUUCACGGCCAUUCUACAAGACCUCUUCCCAGGUGUGGAAGUACCUGAGCAUGAUUAUGGCGAGUUUCAAAAGGUAGUGGAGGAUGUGACCCGAGGUUUCGGACUUCAGGUGGUGCCUUCACAGACCUUCAAAGUCAUCCAGUUCUAUGAGACGUUGGUUGUCCGCCAUGGCGUCAUGCUGGUCGGGCCCACAGGUGGUGGCAAGACUACUGUCUACCGGAUUCUCGCGGAGACACUUGGUACUCUCUCCAAGAUGCCUGAGAUGGCUGAAACAAAUCCGGACUUUCAGCCGGUUAAGGUGUAUGUGUUGAAUCCCAAAUCGAUUACCAUGGGGGAGAUUUAUGGAGAGGUGAAUGAGAAGACCAUGGAAUGGCACGAUGGCCUGAUGGCCUACAUUGUUCGACAGACAUGUGCUGAUCCGAGCUCCGACCACCAGUGGAUCAUUUGCGACGGUCCUGUGGAUGCGUUGUGGAUAGAGAACAUGAACACUGUGCUAGACGACAACAAGAUGCUCUGCUUGGCCAACUCGGAGCGCAUCAAAUUGACGUCCUACGUGCACAUGCUCUUCGAGGUGGCCGAUCUGGCCGUCGCUUCGCCUGCUACCGUCUCGCGUUGCGGCAUGGUUUAUGUUGACCCUGACGAGCUGGGCUGGCUGCCCUACGUUAAGGCAGAUUCAUUGAAGGAGAAGCUGAGGGAGACAGUGCUCCAGUACAUAUUGAUGCUCUUCGAGAAAUUCGUUGAACCCGCCUUGAAGGCCAUCAUGAAAAUCCCCACUGUCAUUCCCCAGGUACCUCUAGCACGAGUAAAGACGAUGUGCACCCUUAUGGAGGUGGCUCUUACUCAAGAAAAUUCACCCGAUCUCUCCACCGGCGAGAUUCAGAAGCAGCAGCCUAUCAUCGCCAUGAUCUUCGUAUUUGCAAUGCUCUGGGGUCUUGCCGGGAAUGUCGUCGGCAGCAGGGCUAAUGAAGUUGAUACCCUCAUACGCAACGUCAUGGAUGAUUGCUCUGAAGCUAGAAUGCCUCCUAGCCACGACCUUUGGUCCUGUUUUGUUGACACAAAGCUGCGACGUUUCGAUAUAUGGGAGCGACAGGUGCCCAAGUUCAAGUACAACAAGAAUGAGCCCUUCUUCAAUUGCCUCGUGCCCACGAUGGAUACAGUGCGCUACGGUUUCCUCCUGGAACAGCUUCUAGCUGCUCGUCAGUCCGUUCUCUUCACCGGUGAUACGGGUGUUGGCAAGACGGCAAUCACUCGAAGCACUUUGGAGGGUCUCCAACAGGGUGAAAAAUACAUGGCUGUUUACAUCAACUUCUCAGCCCAGACAAGCAGCAGUCGCACACAGGAGAUGAUUGUAGAGAAGAUGGAGAAACGUCGAAAGGGUGUGAUAGGCGCACCGAAGGGUCGACACGUGGUGAUUUUCGUUGAUGACCUGAACAUGCCGAAGGUGGACACCUAUGGCAGUCAGCCACCCAUUGAACUGCUGCGUCAGUUACAGGACUUUGGUGGCUUCUACAAUCGUGACAAGCUGACUUGGAUUGCGGUAGAGGACGUGACACUUUCUGCUGCAUGUGGACCCCCUGGUGGAGGCAGAAACCCCAUUACUGCUCGUCUGGUUCGACAUUUUUCGGUCCUUGCGAUUCCUUCACCAUCGGAACUGACGUUGAAACACAUUUUCACCGCUAUUAUAACGGGCUUCAUGCAGGACUACCCUCAGGGUCUGCGCCCUCUGGGCGACUCGAUAGUGGGUGGCGCGGUGGAAAUGUACGGUCGUCUGGCGGCGGAAUUGCUACCCACUCCAGCGAAGUCGCAUUAUGUCUUCAACCUCCGCGACUUGUCGAAAUGUGUGCAAGGUGUGCUGCAAACCAGCCCCUUGGCGAUCCGUGACAAGGCCUCCCUCACUCGUCUCUUCUACCAUGAGUGCUCCCGGGUUUUUCACGAUCGCCUCGUCGACGAGACCGACCGGCUCUUCUUUAACACCAUCCUGUCGGAGAUUGCAAACAAGUUCUUUAGUGAGAGCCUUGACCCUGAAACCUUCUCGAAGAAACCGCUGUUCUUUGGGGAUUUCAUGACCUUCGGGGCUGCUCGCGAAGAUCGUCUUUACGAGGAGAUCACAGACAUGGACAAACUCAAAAGUGUUAUGCAAGAUUACCUCGAUGACUACAACAUGGUGUAUUCUAAGAAUAGCAAUAUGGUCUUCUUUUUGGAUGCGAUACAGCACAUCUGUCGAAUUGCACGGAUGAUCCGACAGGAUCGUGGAAAUGCCCUUCUCGUGGGCGUGGGUGGUACUGGAAAACGGUCUCUGACAAAAUUAGCGGCUCACAUGAAUAGCUACCGUUGCUUCUCAAUUGAGCUCUCUCGCGGAUACAAUUAUGACUCUUUCCACGAGGACCUGCAGAAGCUGUAUACCUGGACGGGUGUGGAGAACAAGCCCACUGUCUUCCUCUUUUCGGACAGUCAGAUCCUCUUGGAGGAGUUUGUUGAGGAUCUUAAUAAUAUCCUCAAUUCCGGUGAGGUGCCUGGCCUCUUCGAUUCAGAGGCCCUAGAGAAGCUCAUCAUCGGGACGCGACCUGCCGCCAAGGAGGCUGGUAUUGCGGAGGGAAAUAGGGAGGCAAUCUACCGCUUUUGCAUUGAUCGAGUGCGCAAAAACCUCCACCUUGUGCUUACUAUGUCUCCCAUGGGAUCUGCCUUCCGAAAUCGGCUGCGGAUGUUUCCAUCACUGGUCAAUUGCUGUACGAUUGAUUGGUUCACCGAAUGGCCUGAGGAGGCACUUCUUGGGGUUUCACAGUCCUCAUUUGCCACGUUAGAUGUCGAUUCAGGGGAAAUAAAGGACAAGGUGGCCGAACUGUGCACCUUUACACAUCUGACCGUGUCUUCGGCGGCUAUGCGAUUUUUUGAGGAGUUGAAGCGCUACUACUACACCACGCCGACCAGCUACUUGGAACUUCUCUCCAUCUACCGCGUCAUGCUUGAUGAACGCAGAAGCAACCUCAAAAUAAUGCAAGAGAAGUUCAAAAAUGGCCUAAAUAAGAUUCAGGAAACCAACGACUUGGUGGCCCGCAUGGAGGAGGAGUUGACUGCUCUCCGACCCAAGUUGGAGCAGAAGCAAAAGGACACGGAAAAACUUAUGCUCAAAUUGGGUGAAGAUCAGGAAAAGGCGGACGUGGUGAGGCAUAAAGUGAAGGAUGAUGAGGCAGACGCCAAACAGAAGGCGAUGGAGACGCAAGCCAUCGCAGACGACGCUCAACGCGACCUUGACGCCGCGAUGCCCGCCCUUGAGGCUGCCAACAAGGCACUGGAUGCCCUGGACAAGAAUGACAUUGCUGAAAUUCGCGUCUUCACGAAGCCACCUCAACUUGUGCAGACAGUCAUGGAGGCUGUGUGUCUAAUGCUGGGACAAAAGACAGACUGGGCAACAGCCAAGACGCUACUAGGGGACAGCAAUUUACUACGCAAGCUGGUUGAGUAUCCGAAAGACACCAUCUCGGACUCGUUGUUGAGGAAACUGCAGAAGUAUGUCGAUAAUCCAGAUUUCGACCCGGUGGUAAUUGAGAAGGUCAGCAAGGCCUGCAAGUCCCUCUGCAUGUGGGUGCGCGCGCUGGAAAUGUACGCUCGUGUCUACAGGAACGUUGAGCCCAAACGAAAACGACUUGAGGAAGCUAACAAAGAGAUGGAUGUAAUGGUGGCCAACCUGCGCGAGAAGCAGAGCGCUUUGAAGGCCAUUGAAGACAAGAUCGCUGAGUUACAAGCGACCUAUGAUAAGUCAGUGGGUGAGAAGAAAGUGCUGGAACACAACCUUGCAUUAACGGCUGCUCGCCUCAAACGCGCCGCCAAGCUGACUGCCGCUCUGUCAAGCGAACAGGAGCGUUGGCGAGACUCCAUCGGAGUAUAUGACGUUCAACUGGGCAACGUCGUUGGAGAUGUCUUCAUUGCGGCAGCCUGUGUAGCCUACUACGGGGCCUUCACCAUGGAGUUUCGUGAAAGUCUGAUCACCACUUGGGUUGCUAAGUGCCACGAACUUGAAGUGCCAGUCAGCGAAAACGUCGGUCUGUUCAGCGUCCUUGGGGAUGCCUUUGAAUUGCGGCAGUGGAAUGCGGAAGGUCUGCCUAGAGACCAGGUCAGUACAGAUAAUGGAAUCAUGGUAACACAUUCACGUCGAUGGCCACUAAUGAUCGACCCUCAAGAGCAGGCUAAUCGGUGGAUUCGCACCAUGGAAGCAGAGAACGGGAUCCGUGUUGUUAAGCCAACAGAUUUAACUAUUCUGCGAGUUCUGGAGUCUUGCAUUCGAGCCGGAUGUCCAAUGCUGUUGGAAGAUGUUGGGGAGAGUCUAGAUCCGGCUCUGGAACCUAUUCUGCUUCGACAGACCUUUGUAAAGGGUGGGAGGUUGUUGAUUCGUCUGGGAGACAGUGACGUGGAGUACGAUAAGAAAUUCAAGUUUUACAUCACAACUAAACUGCCCAAUCCUCACUACCUGCCAGAGGUGUCGAUCAAAGUGACACUGAUUAACUUCACUGUCACGCCACAGGGUCUGGAAGACCAGUUAUUGAGUGAGGUGACACGUCUUGAAAGGCCGGAACUGGAGGAGCAGAGGGUAGAACUGAUUAUCCAUAUAAAUGAAGACAAAAUUACUCUCCAGCAAAUAGAGGACAAAAUCCUGAAGCUCCUUUUUGAGUCUGAGGGCAACAUACUGGACAAUGAGGCGUUGAUUAACACCUUAAAUGAGUCAAAGGCGACGUCGAUGGAGAUCGCAAAGCGCUUGGUCGAGGCGGAGGCCACGGAGGCGAUGAUUUCAGCGGCUCGCUCGCACUUCCUGCCCAUCGCGGCGCGUGGCUCCGUUCUCUACUUCGUCAUUACUCUCCUCGCUGACAUCGAUCCCAUGUACCAGUUCUCCCUCAAGUACUUCAUCUCCCUCUUCAAUCAAACCAUUGAGAAAUGUCCCCGGGAGGAAGAGUCAUUGGACCGCGCCAAAACCCUCAUUAACGCCACCACUUUGGCCACCUACAACAACGUCGCGCGCGGUCUCUUCGCACAAGACAAGCUUGUCUUCUCUUUUAUGCUCUGUGCCAAGAUCCUCCUACACGAGGGCACGAUCGUCCAAUCGGAGUGGGACUACAUUGUCUCUACCGCUACCCAAUCGGAUCGUUCCGCUCCACCCCAACCUGGGAACACGGUGAGCUGGCUUGGUGCACGCCAGUGGAAAGCCAUCUGUGACCUCGUUGAUGGGCUACCAGACACUUUCAACGGCUUGUUGGAGGAUGUCGCUGAAGGCCGAAAAAUCGUUCUUGAAAUCCGCGGUCCUCAGGACGCUUCAAAUGAAAGCCUAACUGUCACCCUUACUUCUCCCCUCGGUGAGGAUAGGAGCGAAGGAGCCGGGACAAACUGGGAUGAUCGCCUGAGUCUCUUCCAGAAGAUAAUCCUGGUUCGAACCAUGCGGGAGGAGGAGUUCGUGGCGGCGGUGACGGAGUUUGUGCGCAUUCAGUUGGGUCGACAGUUCGUGGAGACACCGUCGAUAGAUUUGCCACUGGUCUACGCCGAUAUGGAUGCAGCCACGCCAUUAGUUUUUGUACUCUCGACGGGAUCCGAUCCAAUGGCACAGCUGCAAAGAUUCGCCCGACAGAUGGACUACUCAGAGAGGAUACACUCAGUCUCGCUAGGUCAGGGUCAGGGCCCUACAGCUGAGAAGCUGCUAGCCAAGGCAGCAGAAAGUGGUGACUGGGUAUUUUUACAGAACUGUCACCUGGCAGCCUCGUGGAUGGUGCGAAUGGAGGAGAUUAUAAAGGAGCGCUCCGAGGCAACAAGCACAACUGACGCCAACUAUCGCCUCUUUCUUAGCUCCAUGCCAACUAAGGCCUUCCCCAUUACCGUACUACAGAACUCCGUCAAGGUCACCAACGAACCCCCCAAGGGCAUCCGAGCAAAUCUUCGCAGAGCUCUCAACGACUUAUCACAUGAGUUCUUCGAGGAAAACGUUCUGGGCGCAGAUUGGCGUCGCGUCGUCUAUGGAAUGUGUCUAUUCCAUGCUGUGAUUUUGGAACGCAAGAAAUUUGGUCCUCUUGGAUGGAAUAUCGCCUACGAGUUCAAUGACUCGGAUCGGGAGUGCGCUUUGUUGAACCUCAAUCUUUUCUCAAAUGAGCAUGGUUUCGCGUGGGAUGCCCUCACCUACAUCACAGCGGAGAUAACUUAUGGCGGUCGCGUGACAGAUGCCUGGGAUCAGCGAUGCCUGAGUGUGAUCCUGUCGCGCUUCUUCGGUGAAGCGACACUAGCAGAGGACUACCGCUUUUGCGUCGACUCCGAUCUCUUUCGUCCGCCUCCGAUGGAACGCCUGGGGGAGUAUCUGGAGUACACAGAUACCCUGCCCCUCCUCGAUCCCACUGACAUCUUCAACAUGCAUUCAAAUGCCAAUCUCCUCUUCUUGCAAAAGGAGACAUCCAAGCUGCUGUCCACAAUUCUGGAUGUUCAGCCCCGCACCAGCGGAGGCAAGGAGGGUCGCACCUCAGACGAGGUGGUCUAUGACCUGGCUGGCAGUCUACUCGCUGCGCUACCCAAUACGAUUGUCAUGGAGAAGGCGCAUGCCGAUCUCUUCAACACCGACCAGCGAGGUCGUGUGAAUUCACUCACCACGGUUCUGGUGCAAGAGGUCGACCGCUACAACCACCUCCUCAAAAUCAUCAAGACAUCUCUUGAACAUAUGCAGAAGGCGGUGAAGGGAUUUUUGGUGAUGUCGGAGAAAUUGGAGAAAAUUUAUUCUUCCUUUCUGCUGAACACGGUGCCGCGCCUGUGGGAAAAUGUGGCCUAUCCCAGCUUGAAACCGCUUAGUUUGUGGAUGAAAGACUUGGCACUUAGGGUAGAGUUUAUUAAUCUAUGGGUACUCAACGGCCCCCCCACAUCGUUUUGGAUCUCCGGUUUCUUCUUUCCUCAAGGUUUCCUAACGGGUACACUGCAGAAUUACGCACGGAAGUACGAUUUCCCCAUCGACCAUCUCUCCUUCGAUUUCACCGUUCUGCCACAGUACAGAGAUCAGGAGACGUAUGUCUUGCGCCAGCACGAAAUGACUUUUGGGGAUGAGCAUCCAGAGGAUACAAGUCUGGAGGUGCCUGAGGAUGGCGUUCUGAUCCAUGGACUCUUUAUGGAUGGAUUCAGGUGGGACAGUGAAACGAUGAUGAUCGCCGAUUCGUUACCAAGAGUGACUAUGGAGGCUAUGCCAAUGGUUCACAUGAAGCCAGAGAUGGACUUCAAGCCCGAGCCUGAUCGCUACAUCGCCCCACUCUACAAGACCUCCACACGAGCCGGGGUGCUCUCCACCACUGGCAUCUCGACGAACUUCAUUACGGCCAUACCGCUGCCAAGUUCGCAGCCGCAAGAUCGCUGGAUCAGCUACGGGGCCGCUCUGCUAUGUGAAAACGAGAAUGUCUAA